CCAAUCGCAGUGGGAAUGAUGCGUUUGGCGCGUUUUACUCAGAGUUUCUCGUUUAACAAGAAUGCCGCCAAGCAUCGCGGCAGCGGCAGCAGCAACGGAAACGGAAACGGCAACGCGACCGGAAACGGAAACGGCCAGGGGUUAGGUGGCAGCUGCAGUGCCAACGGCCUGGCAGCCAGUGGCGGCGUUGGAGGGGGCGGUGGGAGUGGCAGCGGCAGCGAAGGCGGUGGGUGUGGCAGCGGUAGUGGGAGCGGAAGCGGAAGCGGCAGAGGCAGCGGCAGCGGAAGUGGGAGUGGCAAGCGGAAAUCAAAGACAAGAACAAAGUGCUUCGGUGGCACAGUGUUUCGGUGUUGCCUCCCUUGUCGCGGGGGCGGCUCCGCAGCCCCCGCCACAAGCCCGCCCCAAACACCCGCCCAGUCGCCGGAGGAGUUCAAGGCCAUUGGCGGUCCAGAGGAUAAUAGCAACAGUGGUCUGGAGAAGCCCAAGGACCAUAAGCGGGACACCCAGGAGCGGAACAACGGCAACAGCAGUGCGGACGAUCUGCUGAACCGCACCGGAUACGAAUCGCGAUCCGGAUCCGAGCUGGAUCUGUACGGCAGCAAGAAGAAGCACUCGCUGGCGGACACCAUCGACACAUCGGCGACCACCCCGAUCUCCCUGAAGACCCUCAUCAACGACGUGGACGAGGAGCUGGACCAGCAGUUGAGUGCGGCGGACAUAGCAGCCGCCAGCUUGGCCAGCGGUCUGGUCGCCCGCCGAGCGGAACCGGAAACGCUGAGCGACGCCAGUGUCUCACCCACCGCGGUGGUGCAGCAGCAGCAGCAGCCACCAUCUUCGCAAUCACAGCCACAUUUGGUGCCCAGCAGCGGGAACAUCCUCAGCCAGGUCACCCUGUACAGCGGCACAAAUCCCGGCCAGAAUCCAGGACAGAAUCAGGUCCAAAGCCCGAAUCCCAAUCAGAGUUCCAGUUCGAGCUCAAGCUCGAAUACCAGCCAGAAUCAACAGCGCUGCAGUUGCCAGCCGCAGACUUCCCCAUUGCCGCAUAUCAAGGAGGAGGAGGAGUCCGAGCAGGCCAACUCCAAGCACCAGUCGAUCCUCAAGGAUCAGCAGCAACUGCCACCGCCGAUCACCGUAGGCAGUGGCUACUGUGGCAGCUGCGAGAGCGUGCACCACUCCUCGGCCACCUCGUCGUCGGCGGGCACAGUGCCCACUGGCAGUCAGCCACCGCAGGAGUAUAUUGCAGGUACCUCCUCGACGCCCUCGCCGCGCAUCAAACUAAAGUUCCGCAAGCCGCACAAGUCCUGCUGGUCGCGCAUCGUCCUUGCGCCCAUCGGAUCGACGGGCGGCUCCUCGUCGGCCACCACUGUCAUCGGCAGCAACUCGAACGAGACCUUGGCCUCCAGCAGCACCACCGGCGGCACCGCCACCCAAAACAGCACCCAAAACAGCAGCAGCGUCAGCGUCGCCGCCCACCACCGGCUGACCUCGUCGUCGGCCUCCGCCCUCGCCUCCUCGCACCCCAGCAACUCGCAGCUGCUGCCCACCAGCAAGAUGCAGGCCGAGCAGGGGUCCAUCGGCGACCUGCAGAAGUACCACAGUCGGUACCUCAAGAACCGUCGCCACACGCUGGCCAACGUUCGUUUCGAUGUAGAAAAUGGCCAGGGCGCUCGAUCACCGCUCGAGGGCGGCUCUCCCAGCGCCGGUUUGGUUCUACAGAAUUUGCCGCAGCGUCGCGAAUCGUUUCUAUAUCGCUCCGAUUCCGACUUUGAGAUGUCGCCCAAGUCCAUGUCCCGAAACUCAAGCAUCGCUAGCGAAAGGUUUAAAGAACAGGAAGCCUCUAUACUCGUUGACCGAUCCCAUGGCGAGGAUCUCAUUGUGACGCCUUUCGCCCAAAUUUUAGCCAGCUUACGUUCAGUGCGCAACAAUUUAUUAAGUCUGACAAAUGUUCCAGCAUCAAACAAAUCCAGGCGGCCCAACCAAUCCUCGUCGGCCUCCCGAUCGGGAAAUCCCUCGGGAGCACCACUGUCCCAGGGCGAGGAGGCCUACACCCGCCUGGCCACCGACACCAUCGAGGAGCUGGACUGGUGCCUCGACCAGCUGGAGACCAUCCAGACCCAUCGCAGCGUCUCCGACAUGGCCUCGCUCAAGUUCAAACGCAUGCUCAACAAGGAGCUGUCACACUUCAGCGAGUCCAGCAGAUCAGGAAAUCAGAUUUCCGAGUACAUUUGUUCCACAUUUUUGGACAAGCAGCAGGAGUUCGACUUGCCGUCGCUGCGCGUGGAGGAUAAUCCGGAGCUGGUGGCCGCCAAUGCCGCCGCCGGCCAGCAGUCCGCCGGCCAGUACGCCCGCUCCCGCUCCCCCCGCGGCCCGCCCAUGUCGCAGAUCAGCGGCGUGAAGCGGCCCCUUUCGCACACCAACAGCUUCACCGGCGAACGGCUGCCCACCUUCGGUGUGGAGACGCCCAGGGAGAACGAGCUGGGCACCCUGCUCGGCGAGCUGGACACCUGGGGCAUCCAGAUAUUCAGCAUCGGCGAGUUCAGCGUCAACCGGCCACUCACCUGUGUGGCAUACACCAUAUUUCAGAGUAGAGAAUUACUGACCAGUCUUAUGAUACCACCGAAAACUUUUCUUAACUUUAUGACUACUCUGGAGGACCACUACGUCAAAGACAAUCCGUUUCACAAUUCGCUGCAUGCCGCCGACGUGACCCAGAGCACCAAUGUGCUACUCAAUACACCGGCGCUGGAGGGCGUCUUCACACCGCUCGAGGUGGGCGGGGCUCUGUUCGCCGCUUGCAUCCACGAUGUUGAUCAUCCCGGCUUAACCAAUCAGUUCUUGGUUAACUCAAGUUCCGAACUAGCAUUAAUGUACAAUGACGAAUCUGUUUUGGAAAAUCAUCAUUUAGCUGUUGCCUUUAAAUUAUUGCAAAAUCAAGGAUGUGAUAUAUUCUGUAAUAUGCAAAAGAAACAACGCCAAACAUUGAGGAAAAUGGUUAUUGAUAUUGUGCUGUCCACGGACAUGUCCAAGCACAUGAGUCUGCUGGCCGACCUGAAGACAAUGGUGGAAACCAAGAAGGUGGCCGGCUCCGGCGUCCUGCUGCUGGACAACUACACCGAUCGCAUACAGGUGCUCGAGAAUCUGGUGCACUGCGCCGAUCUGAGCAAUCCCACCAAGCCGCUGCCGCUUUACAAGCGCUGGGUGGCCCUGCUCAUGGAGGAGUUCUUCCUGCAGGGCGACAAGGAGCGCGAAUCGGGCAUGGACAUCAGUCCCAUGUGCGAUCGCCACAACGCCACCAUCGAGAAGUCGCAGGUGGGCUUCAUCGACUACAUCGUCCACCCACUGUGGGAGACCUGGGCGGACCUGGUGCACCCGGAUGCCCAGGACAUACUCGACACGCUUGAAGAGAACAGAGACUACUACCAGAGCAUGAUACCGCCCUCGCCGCCGCCGUCGGGGGUCGAUGAGAAUCCGCAGGAGGACAGGAUACGCUUUCAAGUAACCCUGGAGGAGUCCGACCAGGAGAACCUCGCCGAACUGGAGGAGGGCGACGAGAGUGGCGGCGAGAGCACCACCACCGGCACCACCGGAACCACCGCCGCCUCCGCGCUGGGCGGGGCUGGGGGCGGUGGCGGUGCCGGCGGGGGCGUGGCACCCAGGACGGGUGGCUGCCAAAACCAACAGCAACACGGUGGAAUGUGACGGAGAGUCGUGGGAAUUUAUCGCAAAUUACAGGAAAAGGCUCACAACUUUUUCCUAUUACGUUAGUGACUACUAUUAACACACAAAAACCAAACAAAAACCAAAAACGAAAAACUACAAAAAAAAAAACAAAGAAAAACUCUUGGAAAAAAUUAAAAAAAAAAAAUACAAAAAAAAACCAAAAGCCAACUAAGGAAAUAUUAAACAAAUGUUUAAAGCAUACAAAAAAUCCAAACAGCAAUAGCAAAAGUACCGUUUAACUUAUAAAGCCUAGAGAAAAACGAAAAAGGAAAUUAGAACUUACUUAAUGGAACACCGAGAUUGAUGUUGAAAAUACACUGAAAAAAGAGCAUGAGGAGAAGAGCUAACUAAGAGAAAUCUUACAUAUUGUUAAAAACACAAACACACACACUAAAUCCAAGACAAAGCAAAAGUAAUGAGAAAACCAAUUGAUAAGUAAUACUAAGAAGAUACCCAAACUCCCGCCCUAAGUCCCCAAAAAAGUAAUAUCCCCCACUAUAUAUAGACGAUUUUUGUUGCAUGCGUAGGCAAAUGAUUUUUGUUAAAUUCAUCUGAAGAAGGACAUCAUCAAUCGGAGGAAAAGCCCCCAACCAAUUACCCUCUUUUAAACCAUUGACUAAAGUGAAAUAUUAAAAAAAAACAACCAACCAAACGGAAAGAAAUAAUUAAUACGACUUAGCUUAAGAGAAGUUUUUAAGUUUUGAAUGUUUUGCAUGCCCCGAACAGAUUCAUUUUACUCGAUUGAUUACGUUAGAUCUAACUUAUAACCGAUAAACGAUAACAGCAACACAUAUGGAGUUUUUUAUGAUUUAGACCCCAGCGAUAGAAGCGAAAACAAAACAAACAACCAUGUUAAGUGUAAGAACCCAGUGAAUUAAACCAAAAUUGAAAGCCACCCGAGUUAAAACCAUUUAAUUAAAAAUCUAAAUCUAAAUCCCAAACCCCCAAAAAGAACAGUCUACAGCCAGACUGUAGUUGUAUAGUAAUAUAUAUGAUAUAAAUAUUUUUUUUUUAAUAUUAUUUGUAAAUAAUUUAAAUGUUGGACUCGAAUUUAAAUCAAGCGGCUAGCAAAUGUUGCAGCUAAACUAAAACUAAAAUGAAAACAAAGCCAAAAACACACAUAAAUACGAAAGUAAGUGGAGAGAUGGGAGGAAAGGAAAAACUAUUGUACAAUUAGCUAAAGAAUUUCCAUUUCAAUUUUCAAUUUGAAUUGCGAUUUGAUUUGCUUCCAGAAAAAAGAAAAGGAGAAAGAGAAGAAGGAGAAGAAGGAGAAGGAGAAAGGGAGAAGAAAAUAGAGAGAGAUGAACCGAAAAUAAUGUCAAACGCUGUCUUCGCAAAUAUUUUUCGCUAUAUAUUACUUAUAUCAUUAUUUACUAGUUACUAAGCUACUUACUGAGCCACACAAUUUCAAAAUGAAAGAGACAAGACACUCGGACGAGAAAGAGAGGGAGCAUUAAUGAAUUUAGUGAACAAACUUAACUGGCAGAAAGCGAAAGCACACAAUUUACAAAUCACAAACCACCAGAAAAGACUCUUCAAGCACAAGCAAUUUUUAGUUUUCCAAAUGCAAAACCAAAGCAAAGCAACACACAAAAAAAAAA